CCUGGCCCCGCCCCCCCGACGCCGGCGUACGGCGGCGGCGACGCCCCGGCGGGCCGCAGAGGCGGAAGCGGUGAUGGCGGGCGUGGGGCAGCAGUGGGUGCUGGUGGAGAUGGUGCAGGCCUUCUACGAGGCUCCUGCUUACCAUCUCAUUUUGGAAGGAAUUCUAAUUCUAUGGAUAAUCAGACUUCUUUUCUCCAAGACGUAUAAGCUUCAAGAGCGAUCUGAUCUAACACCUAAGGAAAAAGAAGAGUUGAUUGAAGAAUGGCAGCCAGAGCCUCUUGCACCUCCCGUACCAAAAGAUCACCCAGCUCUCAACUACAACAUUGUUACAGGUCCUCCCACCCAUAUAAUCACUGUUAAUGGCAAGGAAUGUGUAAACUUCGCAUCAUUUAACUUUCUUGGACUUUUGGAUAAUGAAAAGGUUAAGAGUGCGGCCCAGGCAUCUCUGAAGAAAUAUGGUGUUGGCACUUGUGGACCUAGAGGAUUCUAUGGUACUUUUGAUGUGCACUUAGAAUUAGAAGAACGACUGGCAAAAUUCAUGAGGACAGAGGAAGCUAUUAUAUACUCAUAUGGAUUUGCAACAAUUGCCAGUGCUAUUCCUGCAUACUCAAAAAGAGGGGACAUUGUGUUUGUAGAUGAAGCUGCUUGCUUUGCUAUUCAGAAGGGAUUACAAGCAUCUCGUAGUAACAUCAAGCUAUUUAAGCAUAAUGAUAUGGCUGACCUCGAACAACUGUUGAAAGAACAAGAGACUGAAGAUCAAAAGAAUCCCCGCAAGGCCCGUGUAACUCGGAGGUUUAUUGUAGUAGAAGGAUUGUAUAUGAACACAGGAGACAUUUGUCCUCUUCCAGAAUUGAUAAAACUGAAGUAUAAAUACAAAGUUAGAAUAUUUUUGGAGGAGAGCCUUUCCUUUGGAGUCCUUGGAGAACAUGGAAGAGGAAUUACUGAACACUUUGGAAUAAAUAUUGAUGAUAUAGACCUUAUUAGUGCAAACAUGGAAAAUUCCCUGGCUUCUAUUGGAGGAUUUUGCUGUGGAAGAUCUUUUAUUAUUGACCAUCAGCGAUUGUCUGGUCAAGGUUACUGCUUUUCUGCAUCCCUGCCUCCUUUGUUAGCUGCUGCUGCUAUUGAGGCUCUGAAUAUUAUGGAAGAUAAUCCAGACAUUUUUCAGACUCUCCGGGCUAAAUGUGAACACAUUCACAAAGCUUUGCAAGGCGUUUCUGGUUUAAAGGUAGUGGGAGAAUGUUUUUCUCCAGCUUUGCACCUGCAGUUGGAAGAGAGCUCUGGAUCUCGAGAAGAUGAUGUGAAGUUACUCAAAAGAGUUGUGGAUUAUUGCAUGAAUAGUGGUAUUGCAUUAACUCAGGCCCGCUAUCUGGAGAAAGAAGAAAAAUGUCUUCCUCCACCAAGUAUUCGAGUAGUGAUAACAGUGGAACAAACAGAACAAGAACUGGACAAAGCCGCAUCACUUCUUAAGGAAGCUGCGCAGUCUGUAUUGAAUUAGGCUGAUCUUUUGGAUUCCUCUUUCCCCAAAUUAUCAGGAUAAGUGUUUUACACUAUAUAGUGACUUCACUUCAGAUAUUCAAGUUCUUUCACUGGUGGCAUUGAAACCUGACUGAGUAACAAGGUUGGUUCAGAAUGGUACAAAUGCAGCAGGGGAGGAAUGCUGAAUUCUGGAACUAGUCAAUAACACUGUACUUGCAAUUCAAACUCCACCAUUUACUAGCAUUCCUUAAAGUGGGAUAUCACUGUUACAUCAGGACUCUUUCAUAAGUUGCAUCUUAAAAAGUUUUAAAUUUAUUUCUUCAAACCCUUAAAUGUUCUAAAAAAUGCAUUAUCAACAUUCAGUUUUCCCCCAAAACAUCUGAAAUGUGUUGUUUCCUCUGCAUAUUCUGAGAAUGUAGGAACUUCAAAUAAAUUUCAAGGAUUUAUUCCCCUCACCCCUCAAAUGAAAAUAGGCUGUUCCUAAUACUGCCAAAAAGGAUAAAAUAGGACAUUAAGAGAUAGUUUUGUGCUAUGCUACAUCAUUUAUUAUUGAAUUACAGGAGGAACUCCAGUUCUUUUUUUGUUUAUAUGUUUAACUAUUUUUGGAAGCCAGUUUUUAAGAAUACCUGGCCAGAGAAUUCCAUUAUCUAAAUGGUAAAUUCAUAUUAAAUACUAUUUACUUCCUGCAUUUCAUAUGCAAUUAUAUGCAUGCUUGAUAUUAUGGGUGAGGUUUUUUGUAUUGCUAACUUUAAAAUAUAUAAACUGAAACCUCUGAAUUGUGAAACUGAUGUCAUUUGAUUAUAGAAUAUUCAGUCAGGGGGGGCUUUGCACCAGUCUUGAAGAGGAGUCAUAAGCAACAUGAAAAAUGAACCAAGGUUUUGAAACAGCAACUAAAUAUUAGCUUAGUCAGACUACUUUGAAGCACUAAAAUGGUGUGUGCUAAGUUUUAUCUCUAAACAAGUAUACCUUAGAGGGAAAGACUCACAGAUAGCUAAAUAACAGUUUAGAUGGUACAAAUACUACUGAAACACAACUCAAUAUGUGCACAUAAAAUCCCCAUGUAACUGGACAGUAAUAUUUGGAGGUUACAUUAUCAGGAUUUUCAAUAAACGCAGAUGAAUAUUACACAGAUGGACAUAUUCCACCCACCAGAGGAAACUGGUAGGGAAGGAUGACAGUAAGCUGUACCUUUUUAUUAAAAAAAAAAAUAAAUAUAGCUACAUAUUUCAGGAUGUUGCUUUAAGAACGCCCAUUUAAAAAUGUUAUAUUCUGCCCGAUCUGUACUCUGGGUUGUUUUGUACUUAUGUGCCUUUUUUUGGUUGCUGCUAUAAGGAUUACAGGACUAUUUUUGAGAAACAUCGUUGUUUAAAUAAAAAGUUAAUCAUG